AUGGCCACCGCUACCAACAACGGCGCUGUCGACCAGCUCGCCAACGACCUGGGCAACGCUUCCCUCAACGGCUCUGACUCCAAGGCUGCCCCCGCCAUCAACACCAACGUUGAGUCUGGCGCUCAGGGCGACAAUGCCGACACCGCGGGCCCUACCCCCAGCUCCGCUGCGCCUCACCCCCAGGCCUCCGCCUCCCUCUACGUCGGCGAGCUCGACCCCUCUGUCACCGAGGCCAUGCUUUUCGAGCUGUUCUCUCAGAUUGGUUCUGUCGCUUCCAUUCGUGUCUGCCGUGAUGCGGUUACCCGCCGCUCUCUCGGCUACGCCUACGUGAACUACAACACUACCUCCGAUGGCGAGAAGGCUCUCGAGGAGCUCAACUACACCCUUAUUAAGGGCCGCCCCUGCCGCAUCAUGUGGUCGCAGCGUGACCCUGCCCUUCGCAAGACUGGCCAGGGCAACGUCUUCAUCAAGAACCUGGAUGUCGCCAUUGACAACAAGGCUCUCCACGACACCUUUGCUGCUUUUGGUAACAUCUUGAGCUGCAAGGUUGCUCAGGAUGAGAACGGCAACUCCAAGGGCUACGGCUUCGUUCACUACGAGACCGACGAGGCUGCUUCUCAGGCUAUCAAGCACGUUAACGGCAUGCUUUUGAACGAGAAGAAGGUUUACGUUGGCCACCACAUCCCCAAGAAGGACCGCCAGAGCAAGUUCGAGGAGAUGAAGGCCAACUUCACCAACAUCUACGUCAAGAACAUCGCCACCGAGGUCACCGACGAUGAGUUCCGCGACCUCUUUGCCGCCUUUGGCGACGUCACCUCUUCCUCGCUUGCCCGCGACCAGGAGGGCAAGAGCCGCGGCUUUGGCUUUGUCAACUUCACUACUCAUGAGGCUGCUUCCAAGGCUGUCGACGACCUUAACGGCAAGGACUUUAAGGGACAGGACCUGUACGUUGGCAGAGCGCAGAAGAAGCACGAGCGCGAGGAGGAGCUCCGCAAGUCCUACGAGGCUGCUCGCAUGGAGAAGGCCAACAAGUAUCAGGGUGUCAACCUGUACAUCAAGAACCUCGACGACGAGGUUGACGACGAGAGACUUCGCCAGCUGUUCGCCGACUUUGGCCCCAUCACUUCCGCUAAGGUGAUGCGCGACAACGCCACCGACUCCGGUAACGAGGAGGAGGGCUCUUCCGAUGAAACCGACAAGGAGAACAAGGAGGAGGUCAAGGCCGAGGAGAAGGAAGAGGCCGAGAAGACCGAGGAGAAGGAGGACGGCGAGAAGAAGACCGAGAAGAAGUCGGACAAGAAGCCCCAUGGUAAGAGCAAGGGCUUCGGCUUCGUCUGCUUCAGCAACCCCGACGACGCCACCAAGGCCGUUGCCGAGAUGAACCAGCGCAUGGUCAACAACAAGCCUCUGUACGUUGCUCUUGCUCAGCGCAAGGAUGUUCGCAAGAGCCAGCUUGAGGCUAGUAUCCAGGCUCGCAACCAACUCCGCAUGCAGCAAGCUGCCGCCGCUGCCGGUAUGCCCCAGCAGUACAUGCAGCCCCCGGUCUUCUACGCCGCGGGUCAGCAGCCCGUCUUCCCCCAGGGUGGUCGCGGCAUGCCCUUCCCCCAGGGCGGCAUGGCCAUGCCUCCCGUUCAGGGCGGCCGUCCGGGCCAGUUCCCCGGAGGAUACCCCCAGCAGGGCGGACGCGGUGUUCCCCAGCAGAUGCCCCCUGUCUACGGCAUGCCUGGCUCCUUCCCUCCCGGAGGUGCCUACCCCCAGCCUGGUAACCCGCAGUUCAUGGCGGCCAUCCAGCAGGUGCAGCAAGCCACCAUGGGCGGCGGCCGUGGCGGUCCCCAGGGCGGCCGUGGUCCCGUUCCCCAGGGAAUGCCCAUCCCCGGCGGCCCCGGCAUGCCCGGCUUCCCUCCCAACGCUCGCCAGGGUGGUAACCAGCCCGGCGCCGGCCGCGGUGGUGCCAACCCCAACGCUCCCCGUAACGCUCCCUUCCCCCAGGGUGGCCGUGGAGCCCCUGCCCAGGAGCUCAACAGCGGCAGCCUCAUCCAGCAGCAGCUCGCUGCCGCCGGUGGCAACCCCGGUCAGCAGAAGCAGAUCCUCGGUGAGGUCAUCUUCCCCAAGAUACAGGCUAUCCAGCCUGAGCUUGCCGGAAAGAUCACCGGUAUGCUUCUCGAGAUGGACAACGCUGAGCUUGUUAACCUCAUCGAGGAGGAGUCCGCUCUCAAGGCCAAGGUCGACGAGGCCCUCGGCGUCUACGAGGAGUACAUCAAGGCUCAGGGUGGCGAGGAGGGCGAGAAGAAGGCCGAGGAGACCAAGGCUUAA